AAGUCUGCAAUGACUAACGUAAAAAUAAAUCAAACAUAGAUAAAAUGUUAGAAGAUUUGCUGUUUUAUGUUGCAGAGCGAGCGGUAAAUAUGGACGUGGAGAUGAAUGAGGUAGAUUCUAAACAAGUUGAAACAGAAGUUAAACCGAAGAAAGAUGAGGCCCCAACGAAAGUGUCUAGCGCUGGAUAUGAGUUGCCAUGGGUUGAAAAAUACAGACCAGUGAAGUUAAACGAAAUAGUCGGCAACGAGGAGACCGUUAGCAGGUUGGAGGUGUUUGCCAGAGAGGGAAAUGUACCCAACAUCAUUAUUGCAGGUCCCCCUGGUACAGGAAAGACCACCAGUAUUCUGUGUUUGGCACGAGCUCUUCUAGGGCCAGCAAUGAAAGAUGCUGUAAUGGAACUUAAUGCCUCCAAUGACAGAGGUAUUGAUGUAGUUCGAAAUAAGAUCAAGAUGUUUGCCCAGCAGAAAGUCACCCUCCCUAAAGGGAGACACAAGAUCAUCAUCCUGGAUGAAGCUGACAGUAUGACAGACGGAGCCCAGCAGGCCUUGAGGAGGACCAUGGAGAUCUAUUCUAAAACCACUCGCUUUGCUUUGGCGUGCAAUGCCUCCGACAAGAUAAUUGAGCCCAUCCAGUCACGUUGCGCAGUCCUGCGCUACACCAAGCUUCGGGACGAGCAGAUCAUGAUGCGUCUGCUGGAGGUGGUGGAGAGGGAGAACCUAGUCACCAGCAAUGAUGGCCUGGAGGCCAUAAUCUUCACCGCCCAGGGAGACAUGAGACAGGCACUGAAUAACCUACAGUCCACAAAUUCUGGGUUUGGCUAUAUCAACAGUGAGAAUGUAUUCAAGGUUUGUGAUGAGCCACACCCACUGUUGGUGAAAAGCAUGCUGGAACAUUGUGUCAAUGCAAACAUUGAUGAGGCCUACAAGAUUAUUGAGCAGCUUUGGGCCCUGGGUUACUCCCCUGAGGACAUAAUCGGUAACAUAUUCAGAGUGUGCAAGACAUUCCAGAUGCCUGAAUAUCUGAAGUUGGAGUUCAUCAAGGAAAUAGGCUACACACACAUGAAAGUGGCAGAGGGUGUGAACUCCCUGCUACAGAUGGCAGGCCUACUGGGUCGACUGUGCAGCAAGACAGCCAACCUUAAUUCCAGCUAACACUCCAACUACGCCAUUACCCAUAAAAUCCCUUCUUUCUUGCUCUCCUCCCACCUGUGUCUCAUCAGUUAUUCUCAAACAAACAUAGGUUGCCCCCCCCCACCCCCCCCCCCCCCCAUUGGAUAAAAAACAUUUAAUUACUUUGACUCAGUUUUAGAGUCUUAGUGAGUAGUUAUUUGUUGAAACAUUUCUGGAUUCAAUUUUAUGCCUGUAUGCUAAUGUAAAUACUAUUAAAAAUCACUUGUUUCA